CUGGUGCUGCCGACCAUCUUCCACACAAACCCUUCAUGCUGUAAGAUUUCAGAAGAUGGACAAGCCUAGAUUGUGGGCAGUGACAUUGGCAGCUAUCUGUCUGGGACAUUGUCUUGGUGAUGACAGUCUUCGAGGCGCGUUAGAAGCCAUCAACAGACGACAGCGUGAUCUGUCGGACUCAACUCUUUACUAUCUGGAACAUUUCAGACCCCAGCAGGAGCGUACCAUGUACCCUCGCCACGGGGAAGGUAAUGGGCAGUUGGAAGACAUUGGAUAUGGAUACCAGAAGUCGCUAGCACCCAAGACCUCUGGAGUUUUUGAAGCUGUGCCACUUCCUGAGACUGAAUUAGGGAGUCACUCUCCCGGAGUUGAAUCUCAUAACAACUUUGAAGCUAUGGAUGAUAAAACUUUAGAGGACAUUGCCGAGAACAUCAUCCAACACUACAAGUCAGGCGAAUUUGAGGCUGUAGAUCCUCAGGUCUACCUCAAUCACCACAAUCCAGACACGAAAAGAUCUGUGUUCCGAGAACGAGACAUAAAUGAGCCACCCAAUUCUCUCCAAAAUCUAUCUCCAGAAGAUGAAAAUUCUCGUCAGUUUUAUGAAAACGGAGAGCGUCAUCAACACGGUGGACCAUCGUUGUUCCGAGAAAGAUACACUCCUAAACCGUUUAGGAAACAUUCAUCUCACAAGGCUCAAGCUCUUGUUCGGAACUUUGGGGGGUUAAACAGAGAUGAAGAUAAUUUCCCUAACGAUGAUGACUCAGAUGAAUAUUUAUCGAUGCUGAAUUCAGUCUGGGAAAAGUAUCAAGACGGUAAUCCCGAGGCUGUAGACCCUGAAGAUCUAUCUGAGAGUGACGUUGAAGAAAUUAUGGAUUACCUGAAUCAUAAAAAUGAAAGGAAAAGACAGCCUGAAAACAGUUAUCAAACAGGGUACGAUUUUUUUAGUUCACCCCUGACUUGGGUCAAACGAGAUCAUCAAAGACUGACUGACAAUUCUAAACCAUCUAGUGAUCAGUUCUUACACGCCUUAAAGUUCCUGAAUAGUCACACUGACACAUUAGAAUCGAUGCGUGAAGAGGAUUUGCCAGACGAUGACAGGGAUGAAGACGUGGCAAGAUUGCUUCUAGAGGAACAAGCACAAAACAACAGGAGGUACAAAAAACGUUUUUGGAGAGGAAACACAUACGAAGAGCACAACAGAGUCGCUAAAAGGUACCCUAUCACAAAACGAUCCUCUUCGUUCUACACAAGCCCAGCAGUUUUGUACCAUAAAGCUUCAAAUGAAAAAUUCAACCAACGCAGAAAGAAGAGCCACUCUGAGGAAUCAACUGAUCCAAAAGUCGCAGAGGAAAUAAACGACAUUUUUUCCCACUCCGAGAACCUAACCAAAGGAAAAAGCUCUGAUACAGACAAAACCAAAGUUCCCAAAAAUUCGUCAAACACUACUUCCAACAAUACAAAAUCAUCUGAAGAACUCAUCCCUGAUCACUCUAACGCAUCCCAUAUCAAGAGGAAACGCUCGGGCCAAAAGGAAGAAACAAGUUUCGAAUCUCAACACAAACCUAUGGAGUCUAAGAAAGCAGUUAAUUGGAACGAAUACUUUGGAAUCGACCGAAGGCGUAAGAAGUCCCUGAGCAAACCAUCUAAUGACGAGUGGCUACUUGACCAGUACUUAAAAGCUUAUUCAAUUUCAGCACGAGCCAUUCAAAAUGGCAAUGACCAAAGUGUAGAGAACAAUAUGGAGAAUGACAAGAAAGGCGUGGACGACAUGGAUGCAAAGUUGAGAGCUAUGGAGGAUAUUAUUGUAGAUCAGGCUCUGAAGUACACCGGAGCUCACGAAGGAACUACGGAUACCGAGGAGGUACAAGCGGUUAAGGAUCGAGUGAUUGCUCAACUUGCAGCCGCCUACAGUCUGGAGAAGAUGCGGAAAGCUCUGAGUGAGUUCAAGUCCAGCAUGGCAGCACAGAAAGUGUCUCCACAAACUACGGCCAAUGCACCCACUGAAUCUCCCGAACAAAAGGAUAAACGAGUUGCUGUGAAAAAAGAGAAAGCGGGAGUUGAGAAGAAGGAUUCUGACAAUGAGAUUGGUGUUCUACAAUCACCGGAGCAUCAUCAGCAAUCUUUCGCACCAGAAGAGUCGUGUCCGAUCAUGGAUGAUAUCUCGGUGAGAUGUCAAGAGAUUGCCAACAUGGCUGGUGAUGUUGGACAGACUCUUGCACCUCUCUGCACUCUACAUCAAGUCUGCUACUUGUGUGGUUCUGAGAUGGGCACUGCGGCUGGAGCUUGUGACUUGACGUUCCUGUCAGAGGCCAACAGUCUGUGCGGAGACAGUCCACGCUGCCGCUACACAGUCCGUCGCACUAUGGCCGCCAUGCGCAUGCUUCGUGGAGAUCCCUCCCCCCUCGGCUGCGACUGGCAGCACCAUCCUUGUCUGGCACGCUACCUUGCCAUCACCGUGCGAUAGAUACCUACUCCCUCCAUGUUAAAUGUUCUAUGUUAUAUUUUUGUUAGUCUAUGUAAGAUAAAUUGGUGCUAGGUAUUAUUUAGAAAAACCCUACAGCGUUAUUAAGGUCAAGUACCAAUGUAUUAGCCAUUGAGGGUGUAUCUGAGUAAAACAUAUUUAUAUUUGAAUUUAAAAUAUAAUGUUUAUUUGUCCAACCGUUAACUAUUUGAGGUGUGUUGCAAUGCUGCUUUAGAAUUCUUUGGAAAACAAAACUUUAAAUUUGCCUUACUAUUUCUGAUGACAAUAAUAUGUAUAAAUAAAAGAUACUCUAACUCAGAACCAUUAUUUAUAUUAUUCUGAGCUCAUUGAAACAUGAUCGAUAUUAUGAUAUAAAUUAUUUUAUUCUGAUAAAGAACUUCUGUCUAUGAAUUUGUAUUGUUACAAAAUAAAAUUAUCAAUCUUUUUUUAUUAUUAACUUUGGAUUGGAAGUAUAAACAAUUUUGAGGGUGGACCGAUGCUUCUAGGUGUCGAAUGAGGCAACUCAAACCGUGAAUUACAUUAAUGUACUCACCCCAAACUGUUGUUAAUUAAUUGAUUAUGAUUCAAGUAACGAUAUAAACAAUUUUGAGUCUAAAAUGUAUUGUUAGGUACCUUCCAGUUUGAUAACUGAGUAAAUGUAAAACAUUAUUAAAUGCAGAUAAAAAGAUAAAAAGUGUAUUAUGUCUGUUCUAAGAUUGUAUAUUUUGUUAUUGGAUCCACUAAGCCUGCUAUUGUGUAAAUGGUUGAUAGCACAUGGAAACAUGCUGUCCCUUCAAUAAACAUUGAUGUUUAGUUGUUAAA